GUUGGCUUCUUGUUCCUGUUCCUUUGCUUAGCUUUUCCUUUAGUUUUACCUUAGCUUCCUGUGCUAUCGACACGCUUGUUUUGUUUUUAUGUUUUUGCCUGAUUGAUGUAUUAGAAUUAUUAAUUUUUCUUACCUGCAUACUACUUCCGGAUGUCAUUUAGCAUUUUGGGGAAACGACCUGCGCAACACCACGCGACCACGGCGUAGCACAACUAUUACUAUCAUAGCCAAAGCUCCAAAACAACCAAAGAAAGGAAAAGUUUUGGCUGAGGAGACUAAAAAUUUAAAAAAGGAGAUUACCCGGAUAAAAGGACAGUCAGGAUCAACAUUGCCCCGGCUUUCAUUCGCUGGUGUGAGUUCAAAGACGAGGAAUUUUGGACCGAUACUGCCCUGGUUCUGUUCCUGCUGGACUGGUCCCUGCACCAUUUCACAGAGAUUCUACCUCUGCUGCGAGGAAGCACAAAGUAAAUAUUGAAUUGUCCUCGCUCUGUCCACUCCAUCUCUCUCAAAUCGUUUCUACCUCCGGAGAUCUCGGAGAAUGUGAGAAAGAAACAGAAAGAAACGAGGCAAUGGAGAGGGUCUCAACUCAUCGGGGAAUAACUCAUUCGCUUCCGUGGAAGUGAAGCUCCGUCCACGCUCGAGUAUGAACUUAGCAAGUCAGACUUAUGUGCUGGUGGUCUUCCUCGCCUCCACGGUCUUCAUAUGCCGUGCCCAGGAGAGAGACUACACACUGAAGGAGGAGCAGCCGGAGAAUGUCCGCAUCGGGAACCUGCGCAGGGACCUGGACCUAAAUCUGGACCCCGGCGUCCGGCUAUCCUCACCCCUGCAGUUCAAGCCCGUGUACAAGACGGGCGACGUGCCUUUGGUGAGGGUGGAGGCCAACACCGGGGAGAUCUUUACCACUAAUCACCGCAUCGACAGGGAGAAGCUGUGCUCGGGGGUCUUUUCAGAGAAACGCUGCUACUACGAGAUCGAGGUGGCCGUGUUGCCCGACGAGAUCUUCCGACUGGUCAAGAUCCGCUUCCUGAUUGAGGACGUCAAUGACAACGCGCCCCUUUUUCAGUCCACGGUCAUAAACAUCUCCAUCCCGGAGAACACGGCCAUCAACACCCGAUACCCGGUGCCCUCUGCCUUUGACCCUGAUGUCGGGAUCAAUGGGAUACAACAUUAUGAGCUGGUCAAGAGCGUUGGAGAAUUUGGCUUAGACAUCAUCGAGACCCCCGAGGGUGACAAGUGGCCGCAGCUGAUCGUCCAGCAGAACCUAGAUCGUGAGCAGAAGGACACCUUUGUCAUGAAGAUAAAAGUGGAGGAUGGCGGGAACCCCCCCAAGUCCAGCACUGCCAUCCUUCAAGUCACCAUCUCUGACGUCAACGACAAUCGUCCCAUCUUCAAAAACAGCGAGCUGGAAGUCACCGUACCUGAGAACGCCCCCACGGGGACGUCGGUCGUUCAGCUUCACGCGACAGACGCAGACCUCGGCUUUAAUGCCCAGAUUCACUUCGCCUUCAGUAACCAGAUCUCUGCUUCGACCAAACGACACUUUGCUAUCGACAGCAACACGGGAUUGAUCACUGUGAAGCAGCUGCUGGACAGGGAGUUAACGCCUGUUCACAAACUUCUUAUUCUGGCCAGUGAUGGCAGCUCGACACCCUCCAGAGCCUCAGUGACUGUCAACGUUACCGAUGUUAAUGACAAUGUUCCUUCCAUUGACACUCGCUACAUUAUCAACCUGGUGAACGGGACUGUUCUGUUGUCUGAGAAUGCUCCCCUCAAUACCAAAAUAGCCCUGAUCACAGUUACAGACAGAGAUGCAGAUCUCUUUGGCAAAGUCACUUGCUACACUGACCAUGAUGUUCCAUUUAGGUUGAAGCCGGUCUUUAAUGAUCAGUUUUUACUGGAGACAGCUGCUCCACUCGAUUAUGAGACAACUCGAGAAUAUGCAAUUAGGAUAGUGGCCUCGGAUAGGGGGACUCCUCCUUUGAACACUUCAGCUAUGGUUUUAAUUAAAAUCAAGGAUGAGAAUGACAAUGCGCCCAUCUUCCCUCAGCCAGAAAUCCAACUUUCCAUACCAGAGAAUAAUGACCCGUCAUCACAGUUAAUAAAAAUCAGUGCCACUGAUGCAGACAGCGGACAUAAUGCUGAGAUUAUUUAUACCCUUGGCCCCGAUGCACCCGACGGGUUUAACAUAGACAGACGGUCAGGAGUACUUUCGGUUGGCAAACGACUGGACAGAGAAAAGCAGGAGAGGUAUUCAUUCACUGUCAUAGGCCGAGACAACGGCUCCUCGUACCUGCAGAACAAUGUCACCGUCAGACUAAUCGUUCAGGACCUUAAUGACAACAGCCCGGCUUUCACACACCCCGAGUACAACUUCUAUGUGCCUGAAAACCUUCCGCUCUUUGGAACUGUGGGCUUAAUCACAGUGACGGACGCAGAUGCAGGAGAUAAUGCUGUCGUGACCCUGUCUAUUCUGAACGGGAAAGAUCAUUUCAUCAUCGACCCUCAAACUGGCGUGAUCAAGCCCAAUAUCACCUUUGAUCGGGAGCAGCAGAGCUCCUACACAUUUAUGGUCAAGGCAGUGGAUGGAGGGGAGCCCCCGAGCUCCUCAUACGCCAAGGUCACUAUAAAUGUGGUUGAUGUAAACGACAAUCGCCCUGUGUUCGUUGUUCCCUCGUCCAAUUACUCAUACGACCUAGUGCGGACCACCACAACCCCUGGUGCUGUUGUUACAAGAGUGUUUGCCAUUGACAAUGACACAGGUAUGAAUGCUGAGCUACAGUAUAGCAUUACCAGCAGCAUCAUCAUUACAUCUAGGGUCUCCCCUCGCGGCCUUUUCUCCAUUGACAAAACAACAGGUAACAUAACACUGCAGGAGAAAAUAGUGGCGGCGGAUCAAGGGCUGCAUAGGCUGGUUGUCAAAGUCAGAGAUCUCGGCCAGCCUGAGUCCUUACAAGCUAUCGCACUUAUUCACUUAUUCGUCAAUGACACUGUGUCAAAUGCCACUUUUAUCCAAGAACAGCUGCGGAAAAGUAUGGAGACACCACUGGACCGAAACAUAGGGGACAGCGAGGUAACACCUCAAGCUAAUGGAUACGUGAUUGUUGUCAUUGCCAUCAUAGCCGGGACCAUGACUGUCAUCUUGGUGAUAUUUGUGACUGCCUUGGUGCGCUGCCGACAGACUCCCAGACACAAAGUGGUACAGAAGGGCAAGCAAAGCGGCGAGUGGGUGUCGCCUAAUCAAGAAAACCGUCAGAUCAAGAAGAAGAAGAAGAGAAAGAAGCGCUCCCCGAAGAGCCUUCUGCUGAACUUUGUGACCAUAGAUGAAUCCAAGCCUGACGACCCCACCCAUGAGCAUGUUAAUGGCACACUGGAUCUCCCCGUGGAGCUGGAGGAGCAGACCAUGGGGAAGUACAACUGGGCCACCACGCCCACCACCUUCAAACCCGACAGCCCAGACUUAGCCAAGCAUUACAAGUCUGCGUCCCCUCAGCCGACAUUUCAAAUCAAACCGGAGACUCCGGUGGCCCCGAAGAAGCAUCACGUGAUCCAGGAGCUCCCUUUAGACAACACAUUCGUGGUGGGCUGCGACUCGCUCUCCAAGUGCUCAUCGACGAGCUCCGACCCGUACAGUGUCUCCGAGUGCGGCUGUCAGGGGGGAUUCAAGAGUCCGGGGCAAAUCACCACCCGACAGAACGCCAGCCAGACGCCGGAGAAGUCGUUUCACUCGCCGCCGCCCAUGUGUCCUCAUAAGGAAGCGUGUCAACUUGGGAAGAUCACCUCUGUGAAUACCCAGCGCCGCGUGACUUUCCAUCUCCCGAACGGUUCCCAGGAGAGCUGCAGUGACAGCGGGCUGGGAGAUCCGGAGCCGAGCAGCACGGCCAGCACCUCCCAGGGUCUCCCGCUGAGCUUCCCCCAGGAGGAGUACUACGAGCAGACAUCACCUAACAGCCGCACCGAGGGAGAUGGCAACUCGGACCCCGAAUCCACCAUCGAGGUGAACCUCCAGAAAGCCUUGGCCGAGGCCUCCGAGACGUGCACCCAAGAGUGUCUGAUACUGGGCCACUCCGACAGCUGCUGGAUGCCGCCCGUCCUGGCCCAGUUCCAGAGUCCGGUCGGCGGAAGCCCGGCCUCCACCCCAAUGUCCGCCGCCAUCUCUGGUACGCUGCCGUCCUUUGGCUUCCAGCAGAGCUGCGCUCGCGGGGCCAAGGCUAGCAUGGGCAGCCUGGGGGUCAUGGAUGGCCGCCACACUCUGGGCAGGUCCGUGCCGAAAAAGGACGAGCUGGACAUAGGGCUGAGCCGGCCGCAGUUCUACAACACCUUGGAUAGACACUGCGGUAACAAGAAGGAGGACACCGUCAAGGUGAUCCCCCUGGCGAGCUUCUCGUCCCCUGGAAAGCAGAUGGCGACUGGCAGCAGCUCCUUCCUACAUGAGCACCAGCUGUAAGAACAUUAGCCCGGCAACUUGUACAUGUGACUCCACCCAGCUUUUUUUCUCGGUCUCUCUGCUAUGUGUGGAAGUAUGCACCAUUCCAAGAAGUAGGACCAGCUCACCUUUACUAAUUGACACGUCAACAAACUGGUUUCAUCAUGAACAUGAUACUUUUCUGAAGAGCCUAUACAUAAUAAUCAUCACAAUAAGCGGCGCAUCUAUCGCGUUUUGUGCAUCCCACAUCAGAGACAAUCUUAUUUGAACUCAAUCGUGGACAUCAUGGACUUAUUCUUCGGACCGGUCAAGAACAAAACUGCGUGAUAGUGUAGAAAUACUGUAUAGACCUGAAUAUAAGACGGAAUACAAAAACAGACUGGGGGGAAAAACGAAUAGUCUUAUAUUCGGGUGGAGUCAGGGAGUCUUCUCUCCCAGCAGAGCUUUUCUUCCUCUCACUCACACACUUUAAAACAGAGAGCGAGUCUUCUGUUUGGUUCAAUACGGUCAGUUAUUUAUAAUUGUAUAACAAUGAUUCGGCUGAGUUCUAGGUUCCGUGAAUAUGUCAUUUUAAAGGGGACGGAUGAUGAAUUUCGUCUUUUCCGACUUAUAAAAGUUGGUAAAAUAUUGGACAGUCGUGUAAAAAAAAAAAGUAAAAAAAUGCCAAAGCGUCAAAUCAUAAGGUUCAUGCAUUUUGGCGAGAGAUUGCACGCAGUUUUGAAAGCCUCCACCUGCUGUGUUUUACAGUCUUGCGCUGAUGUGAUGUCAUAGUGAAGUGGACGUACACCAACGUGGGACGUUUUUAAUGCAGCUCUGCGUCAAUCGGAUCUUAUGUUUUAAAACGUUAUUUCCAAUCGGGUCUGGGGGAAAAAGGACAACUUCAAGAUAUACAUUUGAAGAACGUACACUUUCUAAAGAUGAAUUGUUAUACUUGGAGAAGGAAGAGCGUGGUUUCAUUUGCAAUCUGGGAACAUCUUGCAGACAGACUCAAAAAACGGGUUAUAAAAAUGACUACGGGGGAAAAUUUAAACCAAAGCAUCCAAUACAUAUUUAGACCGCAAGUUAUUAAACUUUUUUUGACCUCAGGGCCUAACUUUUUCACCACAGAGGGGCCCGGGACACACAAAUAUUAACACUAAAUUAGUAAUCUUACUCUUCAAUUUAAUGGUACUCAAUAAUUAUGUAUAACCUACUCACAGCUUAACUGGAUAAAGCUUGUCAAAUGAUAUGAAAAAAUGUGUUAAUCACAAAUAUUAUUGUUCAAGGCUUCCCAGCAGGCACAAGACAUUGAUACAAAGUUGAUUAUUAGACUUAGAAACAACGUUGCAAAAUAGUUGUAUUUCUAAAUUGAGACAAUGUUGAUGUCCAACGUUGGAUCCGCGUUGCAGGUUGGGAAAUGACCAAAUAUCAAUGGUCAAAUCAACGUCC